CCUCCCUCUCUCAAUCGUCUCUUCCUUGAUACCAUCUCAGCUAGCUGAAAGACCACAGAUACUACCUCAUCGAUUCGAUCAUGUCCACCCAUGCCGAUCAAGACGAGGCAUCAUCCGCACCCACGCCCACGCAACUCCCAAUCGCAAACGUCUCCCGCCUAAUGAAACAGUCCCUUCCUCCCACAAUGAAGCUUUCUUCGGACACCAAGCUCCUGAUGCAGUCCUGCACGCAAGAGUUCAUUGCCUUGGUUACCAGCGAGGCGCAAGAGAGGGCUGAUGCACAAAAGCGCAGCACGUUGAACGGAGACGAUGUGCUCUAUGCUCUGGGGGUAUUAGGAUUCGACGAGUACGAGAAGUUGGGGAGGGUAUGGUUGAGCCGCUAUCGACUGGCUCAAGGAGCGGCUAGCCAAAGCAAGACGUCCAAGUGA